AUGUCCUCCGCGGACGCUAGAAAGAUAUCAAUCCAGGAGCGCGAAGUACAAAGAUAUUACACCAGCUGGCUUUCUGCACAUGGAUCUGGCACCAGUGUCGCCCGACAUGUCGAGAGCAUCGCCAACCUCGAAGGGCGAGGCUAUCGUCCGAAGGUGUCGAGGGACAAGGCUCUUACGGCCUUUGCCCAAUUAGCAGCCAUACGUCUCAAUGUCAAGAGAGAAGCGACCAAGGAUACUUCUGUUAAAGACCCUCACGAUCUCUGGCUCGGUACCACAACAUUGGUUCGUGCAACAGCAGUAUGCGAGCAUUGUUUCCUAAACGAGGCCACAGCACAAGACCAGUCUGGUGCCUUCAGUACACCCGGUCUAAUAGUCAAUGACUGCCGGCUGGACGACCGUUUCAAGGACAGGCCAUAUGUGGAAGCUGAACCUGGCGUACGCUUCUAUGCAGGGGUCCCAAUCGUAUCACGAUCAGGUAUCCUGAUUGGUGCUUAUGCCGUGUCUCACGAACAGCCGCGAGAUGGUCUCAGCGUGAAUGAGCUCAAGUUCAUGCAAGAAACCGCGGAGGCCGUCAUGGAUCAUCUGGAGUGGGCACGUGAUCGCGUCGAUCGCUACAAGGGCGACAAGAUCGUGCGUGGCAUGGCGACUUUCAUCGAUGCUUGCGGGCAGUCUAAUCCGGAUGAGCCGCUGCCAAAACCUGCACAUCAGCCUACUCUGAGUACUGCUACUCCGUAUCCAACCAACGCGCGUACGAGAGACGCCGGUAUCUUCCCUGCCGGUAUUUCAGCAGGCCUCCGUGGCCACGAGAAGACCGAUUUCGGCAGCCGGAAACGUUCACGAAGUCCGCCACCUCAUUCGCAUUUCGUGUCAAGCAAUUCUCGAGCUCCACCACAAAGGCCAAAGACACUGCACCGUACGCAGUCGAGCAAGAACGACAGCAUCUCGAACAUGUUCGUUCGUGCUGCCGAUAUUUUACGCGAAUCAGCCCUUGCGGAUGGAGCCUGCAUAUUCGGGGCAUCAGCGGGAGCCCCUACGCAUAGAAGUAUUCGAAGGGUCAUGGCAGAUGGCAAAAGCACUUCACAAUUACCGCCAGGAACUGAUUCAAGUGCGGAUCCUGGGACUUCUGACUCUGAUACCACUCCGUCUGGAAGACCUUGUAAGGUUCUAGCCUGUUCGCUAGCAGACGAGCAGGCCAAAGAUGAAAUUGAGCAGGAGAGCGCCUUGACCCUAGGAACAUUAGAGAAGUACUUCACCCUUUUCCCCAGAGGUAAGGUCUUCUACUUCACCAGCCAGGGGUUCGGUGUGUCUUCGGAUGACGACGGUAGCACAAGUGAGAGCCAACAGCCACCGAAGGAGGCUCGCGAAGAUAGAAGAAACGUGGAGCAAGGCUCAUCUUCUAAUCGUAGGAAGAAACGAAAAAGGUUCAUGGAUCAUGAAGAGCUGCUUAAAAAGAUCCCAGGCGCCAAGAGUGUCGUGUUCCUGCCACUUUACGACUAUGUCGAGGAGAAAUUGAUGGCUGGCUGUUUUCUUUGGUCAUCGACUACUGGGCAGAUGAUGAAUCUUGACGACGACUUGUCUUACCUGCGAGCGUUUGGGAACUGUAUCAUGUCCGAGGUCGCUCGUAUGAAUGUACAAAAGAAUGAGGCAGCGAAGACGACAUUUAUUGCGUCUAUGUCGCAUGAGUUGCGCAGUCCACUGCACGGCAUCUUGGGCGCUUCGGAGUUUCUGGUCGACACUGCGACUGAUAGCUAUCAAAGUGGUCUCAUCACAAGCAUCGUCACAUGUGGGAAAACGCUGCUGGACACACUCAACCAUGUGCUGGACUACAGCAAGAUCAACAAACUCGGUCGGGCGCAAAUGCGACGGAAUGCUAAGACCAACAAGCUUGUUACGCUGGACUCUGAUCCUGGGCUCGAAAGCAUCAACAUGACCGCGGAAGUCGACCUGGGCAUUCUCGUGGAGGAAGUCGUCGAGGCUGUCACGGCGGGUCAUGCUUUCAGGAAGCUACAGCAUGGGACAAGCAUCGGUAAGACUGCGAGCAAGGACUCAGCGAAUGGUUUAGGUCCUAGUGGUGUGCUGUCCGUGAAUACGCUCUCUGGUGCUGCUGAGGGCUUUGGAUCGAUCGAGUCGGCCUCUGGUAGCGUCAGCGUCAUGCUUGAUAUUGAUCCACGAGAUUCGUGGGUUGUGCGCACCCAGCCUGGAGCGCUAAGACGAAUCAUCAUGAAUUUGCUUGGCAACGCACUCAAGUACACGCCGUCUGGUUUCGUUGUGGUCUCGCUCGAAGUACAGGAGGCUCAAAGCGAUAAGACGAUCAACGCCGUGGUGCGAGUGGUGGACUCUGGAAAAGGCAUGUCAGAGGACUUCCAGAAAAACAGGCUGUUUGUGCCCUUUAGCCAGGAGGACUCGUUCCAGCCUGGUACUGGUUUGGGGUUGAGCAUUGUCAAACAGAUCGUUGACUCUCUCGGAGGGUCCAUCGAGAUCAAAUCGGAGCCGGGCAAAGGGACAGAAGUGGAUGUUGAUCUAUGCCUUGCGGCCGUCUCUCACGAAUCCAAUCCCGAUCAUAUGCCUUCAGACGAGCAUACAUCUGCAACACGAGAGAGAAUCAAGGGCAUGCGUGUCUUCUUCCUCGACCCUUUUAUUCAAGGUCAUCAACGUCCGAAGAACGACCGGAUGACCCGUCUUACCUUCAGUCUAAAGGCCGUCUUCGAGAAAUGGUUCGAUAUGAAGUGCAUUGUGUCUUCCGAAAUGGAUCAUGCGGAUGCUGACUUCUAUCUCUACGCUGAACCGCCUGGCAUUGAUGAGCUGGUGGAGCAUGCGAACAGUGGGAGGUUAACCAAACCUUGUGGGCGAGUAAUCCCUGUGAUAAUUAUCUGUCUUAGUGCCGAAGAAGCCAUCGACGUCAGUCGAAAUCACGCGCAGGCUCUUCGAAAUCUGGGUACGAUUGUUGAAGUUAUUCCACAACCAUGUGGACCGCGCAAGCUUGGCGUGGCCUUGAGACAAUGCCUGAAGAGGCUGGACAGUGGGGAGCAACGGGAUGAGAAGAAUGGGACAAAGGGUAAUGGGCGGGAUGCCAGUCAGCCUGCGGAGAACCAUAAGCCAGUAAGCCAGAGAGAGCGAGCAGGAAGCGGCAACGGAUAUGAGCCAGACGACGAAGGAACGCGAUCUCAAGCCCGGAACAAGCCAUUUGUACCUGGGGAAUCGUCAGAUGCGAAUGAACCGUCCCCAUGCUUAUCUCCACCUCCUCUAGACCCCGCCACUCCAAGUCUUGCACAGGUGAUCGCGACGCCCAGCACUGACGGCAGCGGAACAAUGCAGCACAACGAGACUUCCGCAGUUAGGCCUGAUGAGGCAGCUCUUCACAUACUACUUGUGGACGACAACAAGAUCAAUCUCCAGCUCUUACAGAUGUUCGUCAAGAAGUCUCACUUCACCUUCGUCUGUGCUGAAAAUGGUCUUGAGGCCGUCGAAGCCUAUAAGGCCACCGUGGCUGAAAAGACUGAGGAGUACUUCCCUUCAGUUAUGGGUUCGAGUCGACCUCCGGGCCGAUUCGACUAUGUGUUCAUGGACGUAUCAAUGCCAGUGAUGAACGGAUUAGAUGCUACGAAGGAGAUUCGUGAAAUCGAGCAGAGGAGCGGGAUCAAGAGAACAAAGGUUAUAGCGCUUACUGGCCUGGCAAGCAAGGAGGCAAGGAAGCAGGCUGAGACGGCUGGGGUGGACAUCUUCUUGCCAAAGCCCGUGAAAUUUGCGGAAUUGAAGAAACUACUUGUCGUCAGAUGA